GCAGCGAGCGAGCGAGCGGGAGCCGCGGGCGGGCAGGAACAUACAUGAGAGAGUACAUUCUCAGGAGUAAGAAGAAGGAGUAAGAUAUUUUAAGCAUAAAAUUGCACAGAGCAAAGUAGAACUCUCCUGUGACCUGCUCACCUCAAGGACUCAAGAGAAUCAGUUCCCAGCCAGUCGUGUACACCACUGAAGGAAAAUGGACAUACUGAACAGCCGCCACUCUCUGUACUUUCUGCCCACCACACGCCUUGUCAUCUUAUUAGCAGCUCUGAGCACUGCAGAGGAUGUGAGUAACAGCACUUUGAACCGCACCGACACACACCCCGGGGCCGGGGCCGCGCCGCUGGUCACCUCCCGCAUCGACCACAUCAUCGUCAGGGAGGGCAGCAGUGCCUUGAUCGACUGCAAUGUCCAGGGCACUCCCAGCCCACGCUACAGAUGGUACAAUUCCAAUGGCCGCCUGCUCCAAGAGGAGGAGAAUAAAGGAAAAUGGUGGUUUCUUGACAACGGGCUACUAAACAUUACCCGCGUGUCAUUUGAAGACAGAGGUAAAUACACGUGUGUGGCAUCUAACAUGUAUGGCAGCAUUAACAAUACUGUGACGCUGAGGGUUGUUUUUACCUCUGGAGAUAUGGGAAUCUAUUACAUGAUUGUCUGCCUUGUCGCUUUUACCAUUGUUAUGAUACUGAACAUUACUCGGUUAUGUAUGAUGAGCAGUCAUCUGAAGAAAACCGAGAAAGCAAUCAAUGAAUUCUUCCGAACAGAAGGGGCAGAGAAACUUCAGAAGGCCUUUGAGAUUGCAAAGCGUAUCCCAAUUAUCACAUCAGCCAAAACGCUUGAGCUUGCCAAAGUAACCCAGUUCAAGACCAUGGAGUUUGCCCGCUAUAUUGAAGAGCUUGCUCGGAGCGUACCUUUGCCACCUCUCAUCAUGAACUGCAGGACUAUAAUGGAAGAAAUUAUGGAGGUUGUCGGUCUGGAGGAGCAAGGACAGAAUUUUGUACGGCAGGCGGCAGAAGGCCAGGAGACCACUGAAACAGACGAGCUUUACAUGAUCCCAAAUGCUUUGGCACGCAGUGAAUCUCCCACAGGUGACUCGGACGCAUCGUCACUGCAUGAGGCACCUCAACAGAUUGCAAUAAAAGUGUCAGUUCACCCAUUGUCCAAAAAGGACUGCAUGGAUGGUCAGUCACAGGAAAGCAUGCAGUUGGACACCAAGGAAGAAGACACUCCUCAAACACCAGCACUUCCUGCGGAGCCCCCUCCUGAGCCUUCUGCUGAACUCAGUUCUGAUGACACAGCAUUGGCAAAUGACAAAAAUACAUGUGUUAUAUAUGAAAGCCAUGUAUGAUAGUUACUCCUGAAUCUAUGCAUAGCAGGAAAAUCAGGUGGAGCUCUUUUAAAAAUACAUAUUGUACUUGCCGCUAAGCCUUACCUGGAGACUAUCAUAGCAAAAGCAUGUAAGUGGAUUAUUUGGCACUUUCUUCUCAGUUUGAGUUUAGUUUACCAUGAUGUAUGGCAGAGUAAUUGCUAUUACAUUAAUAUUAAUUGCUCUUUUUGAUUAGGAGUAUUUCCAAGAAACAUUUACCUCAGCAUUUUCUAGGUUGGAGUCACUUGUAGUGGCUCCGGGAAGUCACUGGUAGUCUUUGGUGUAGGACACUUGAACAUACUAAACAUAAAACUGGUUUCCAUUUCCCUCCUUCACUCUUGUUAUUUCCAUCUAUUCCAUUUUUGCAAAUAUUAACUUGUGAAUUUGAAAUAUUGCCCAAGAGGCAGCACUCCAGUAGCCAAAUAAAAUCCUAAUAGAUCCCAUUUACAAAGCCUGUUUGCUCAGCUGCAUUGUGAUUUACAGGGCUAUUAAAGAAAGUUAAAAUGUUUCCAUUUCAUUUGAGACCACACUGCUUAGCCACAUGGGAAAUAGUUUUCCCUUUUUCAUGGAAUGGAGAUGCCAGCAAUCAUUUGUUUUGCAUGAAGAAACAACUUUGAGGUGUAUAUUACAGAUUGGAAAGCCAUCAGAAAGUUGCAGUUCAACAGCUCUGCAGGGGUUUUUUGCAUACAUUUGAGCAUUUUCUAUGUUGCCAGAAGUCUAUAUGGCAAACAACUGCAAAUAUGCAAGAUGUCUUGUUUUGAAGUAAUGUGGAAGCAGUAACUAUGUACCACCUUACCAGAAGAUAUGCAGGUUCCAUAACAGUCCUGCAAAUGCCAGUAAUCAGUUGAUAACAAGGCUGAAAUGGCAAAUUACCCUUUUAUUUGGCUUCUUAAUUUUGGUAUUCUGAAGAUCAAUCCUAAAUUCAUAUAUAAGCAUCAAUUUGAGUGUUUCAUCCAAACUGAAAAAAAAAUAAUCAAGUGUCCUAUAAAAUUACAAAGACCAUCAUGCAAACUGUUAAAUGUGAUAUAAAUGCGUUGAGAUUUUGGGAACCUCCUACAUGUAGGAUGUUCACUUCUUGAGUGACUCUACCCCAGUAAAGCUUUAAUGAUCAUAGCAAUUGUGGCAUUAAAAAGGAUCAACAUCUCUGCCAGGCAAUGCCAGGAGUGGAAGGGAAGUAAUCAUUUCUCUUGCAGAAAGACAAUAAAAAGUACCUUCUCUGAAGUGAGUCUGGAAAGAAAUCGCUUACAAGGAGUUUGUGUAGGGUUAAUAGCAUAUUACUUAAUUACCUGACACAUUUAGUUUGACACUAAUGAACAAACUAUCACCUUAUAGUGUUUAAGAAGGAUUGUAGUAGAAAUAUACUUAAAAUAAAUCUGGAAUCAGGUAUACUGUAGAAAAAGAAGUCUCUUAGGUCUGUGGGGAGAUGAUGCAUGGAUAGCUGUCUGGACAUUUUAACAAAGCAGCCUCAUCUCCAUAAGGUGUCCGUUGGAGGCAAUCAGUUAUAUUAACUGCACAGGUAAUCAAGAUCAGACAAAGUCAGUGUUGCAGGUACAUAAAAGAACCCUUGAUAAUGAACUGAGGUCUUGUGACAACUUCCUUAUGUUAAAGUGCAGAGCCUCACCAGCAGUGCAAUACAGGAAUACCCCAUGACUUACAUAGGUGAUGCAGAGAUGGCUCCAUAUUUAUCUUUCUGUGGUUAUUUUAAAAAAUACUUGUUUAAUAAUGGACUUCAGAUUUUACAACCGAUUUUUGAGAAAUGGCAGCAUUCAAAUGUCUCUUUUUUUCGUGCUUACCACAGUGGCAGGUUUCUACACAAAAUGUAUUUGCACAUGCCCAAAAGGAAACAUGCAAGGGCAGGACCCCAUUAGGAAUGUGACUUGAAAUAUUUGAGUUCCAGCAAAGCAAUAUAAAUGUAAGACAGAAGUUAGUUUAAAAGAAUACCAUAAAGAACCUCACUUCUGACCAGUGUGAUUGACAGUAGUAUGAUGUAAACUCUUAACUUCUUGUCUGAAUCCAAAGGACAUUUCUGUUUAGUGUUCACAUCAGUUUUUCAAGUUACUUGAUUUGCUUCUGAUAUGAAAAAGGACAAGGGCAGAAACAAAAGCAGGAACUUGCACUAAACUCCUUCAAUUCACCUUAACAUCCUGAGA